UCGGAGCGCGUCUCUUUCUUCCUCCCUGCCCUGUUCUUAGAUGUCUGUAGAAGUCCCCCAGACAAUACCGCAACCCUGGAUAUGUUUCAGCGCCUCAAGGGCGCCAUAGACAGUCGGAUUGCCGAAGAACAGGCACGACAACGUCAGGCGGCCCUCAGUGCUCAGUCGACGCGAAACAACCAGCGACGGCGCCCGCCGGGCCAAAAUGAAGGACCGCGAAGACAGGCUUCGAGACAGAGAGACCAGGGCAAUGCCGGGCUCGAGAAAGGCCCUGACCCUUCCGAAUUCGAACCCGAGUUCGCAAUAGGGGAUGACGAGAGUGCGGUGCCGAGCAGGACGGGCACGCCCAAGCCUGAUGUAAAGAAGAUAGAUGAAGAGGCUGGAAAGGAAAAAGAGGUCCCGCCGACAAGUGAAGAUGGCCAAGAGACCGGAACAGCGCCAGAAGCCAGCGCUGAGAAGCCGCCAUCAGAGGCAAAUGGUGAUGCGGCUGCCACUCCACCACGUCCUCAGGAACUGCCCGCAGAAGUGCGCGCGAAGCUACGCAAGCUGGAUCGAAUCGAGGCCAAAUACUCAGAAUUGCUCAAGGCAUACAGGACGGCUCAUACGAGGAUACAAGCAGUGGAAUCUUUCGAGGCUUCACUACGAGAAAAUACGCCUUUGACCAGCAUCAACGACCCAGGAGCUCUCGUCGAGUACCUGAACCAAAUCAACCUGAAGAGUGACAUGGUUUUGGAGGAACUUAAACGCGUCACCACUGACAGGGACGAGUAUAAGAAGAAGUUACAGACCUCCGAAGAAGAGAAUGCCAAACUUCGGGACGAGAUCACCGAACUAAAGAGCAGAACCACUUCCGAUCAUGCAGAAACCCCUGGUCCAGAAAAUGAUAGUACUGUCGCUGAUGCAGCCCCCGAAAACAGCGAUCCUGCUCUCACAGAAUCAGGAGCGGUGCCUCACGAGUUGGACCAAUCCGCCAAGUCGCCCGCCUCGACAUCAUCUCGUAUCGCCAGCUUCUCCUUGUUCUCGCCCCGUCAAAAAGCUACCUCGCCUUCGGGUAAGGACACUUCGGAAGACUUGUUCUCCUUUGACGCAGAACACACCAGGGUUGAAGCUGAGUUGCACGAGCGUCAAACCGAGGUCGAAGAGCUGAAGAAACAGGUCGACAGCUUGCAAGGCGAUUUGAAGGUGGCGCGUCAAUCGACAGAAAGCAUGGUGCAGAGUCUAGAGACGGCUACCCGCGAACUCCAAACACUCCAGGAGGCGAAGGACAAUUUCGAGGAGACGAAAACCCAGUUACAAAAUAAGAUCGACGAACUGGAGGUGCAAGCCGCGGAAACGGGAGCGAAGAAUGACGACCUUCUGGACCAGAUUAAAUCACUGGAAACGCAAAAGGACGAUGCCUCCAAUCAAGUCGAGAAGUUGGAGGGUCAGAUCAAAGAAUUGGAGGCAGCCAACGCGGAUCUCGAGAAACAAAUCACACGUCUGUCUCAGGAUACCAAUUUGCUGAACGAAAAGCUGGCGCAAAAGGAUGCCACUGUGAAGGAUCUCGAGGAUACACUGGCAAUGUAUAAAUCUGCAGAACGACAGCAAGAUGAACAAAGGGCGAACGGUCAAGCGGACGCAAAGAAGUUGGCUACAAUGCAGAACAUCAUGAAUACGCUACGGCAGCAGCUAGACAAGGCAGAGACGACUGUGGCAGAGUUAAGAGCGGAAAUCGAACGUAAACAGGACGAGUUUUCCAAACAACCAUCAACCAAGAUUUUCGGUUUCCUGGACGAGAGCGCUAAGGCCAAACUCGACAGCUUGAAUUCACGCGAGGAUGUGGUGAGGUACCUGUCUGAAAACUUUGGUCUACAGAAACCGACCAGCAACAACAACCUUGCAAGCACUGCGGAGCCUUCGCCGGCCCCAUCCGAGGCCGGUACCAAUGCAAGUAAGAAAAAGAACAAGAAGAAGAAGAAGGGCAAGGGUGGUCAGCAAGCAACAACCCCUGACACUGAUGCCACUGUUCCAGCUAAAGUGUCGGAAACUCCAUCGAAGAUUGAAGACGGCCCUGCUCCCGAUGAGAAACCAUCGGAAACGCAGAUUGCCCAGCUCGAGCAAGAGAUCAAUGAAUUGAAAGCGGAGCUAGGCAACAAGACGGGUGCCAUUGAGCGACUCACCCAGCAAUUAAAGGAUCAAGAGGCUUUGCAGGAGGAAAUUGAGACGUUGAGGGAUGACCUUUUGCACCAGGGAGAAGAGCAUGUCGAAGCCCGCGAUGCCUUGAAAGACGCCCAGGCGCAGAAGCAAAAGCUGCAAGAGGCUGUCGACACCCUUGAGAAGGAUCUUGAGGAAGCGCGCCGAGCAGCAGCCACGGCUACCGAUACGAGCAAGGCUCACGAGGAUCUACUACAACAAUAUGAAGAACUUAAACGCAAAUGUGCUACCCUAGAAAAGGAUCUCAGCGCAUCCGAGCAGCUUGCCACGGCUCGCUACAAGGAUAUCACUGAUCUGAAGGAGUUGCUUUCAAAGGCUCAACCCGAAUUGAGGAGCUUGAGGAAUGAGGUCGCGGAGCUCAAAUCGGCCAAGGAGGACCUCAAGAACAAGACAGGGGAGCUGAGUCGGCUUGAAGCUCGAUACGAGGACAUCAAAGCCGAAUUGAAGGGACUCGGCAAAAGACUCGGAGACAAAGACAACGAGAUUAAGGAACUGCAGCAGAAGGUUGAGCAGGAGACAAGCAGCCGAACCCGGAUAGAGAAGGAACUGGAAAAAGCGCAGGGCGACCUACGCACGGCAGAGUCGAAAAGACAAGAAGCCUCGGCCUCCGCGGAUCAAGCAACCCAGGAUCUCGCCAAGGCCAAAGAGGAAUCGACAGCCUUGAAAGCCAAACUACGAGACAUGGAAGAUCAGCUGUCGGCACAUGCACGGCAGGUGGCAGAGUUGAAGGAAGAGCUUAAUCUGAAGACAGCGUUACAUUCGUCCUCUCAGUCUUUGGUCCAGUCACUGAGAGACCAGACACAUGAACUGACGAUGCAAGCUCGCGAAGCGACAACUCGAGCGGACAGCCUUGAAGAGGAACUGGCCGAAGCACAACGAAUGCUCUCGGAGCGGACCAGGGAAGGACAAACAAUGCGAAUGCUUUUGGACCAAGCAGAAACCGGCACCGAGGCCAGGAUCCGAGAGAUGAAGGAACGCAUGGAAGCAGCCAUUGAAGAACGCGACCGGAUUGAAGACGAAGCCAGUGUCAGCAAUCGACGGAUGAUGCGUGAAGUGGAAGAGGCCAAGGCCAAAGCUCGGGAGGCGCAGCGGGCGCUCAAAGUGCUCCAGGAUGAGAAGGAAGAACUGGAGAACCGGCAACGCGACUGGAAGAAACGGCGAGAAGCCCUCGAGCAAGCCGCCGCCCGGGCAACCAAGGAGGUAGAAGACGUCAAGGCCGCCAUGGCGGGGCUUCGCGAAGCUCUGGACGAAAGCGAGAGGCAGGUCCGCGAACUGGAUGCCCAGAAAACAGAUCUCCGAAGAGUGGCCGACGAGGCAAGGGAGCGUGUCGAGAAAUUGACAAAGGCUAAUAAGAAUCUCACGGAAGAGCUCAAGGCGGCACAGUCGGGCGCGAGGAAUUACAGAGGGCCCAUGGCCGGUCGGCCAGGUCCGGGGUUGGAGUCCGGGGUGCCGAGUUCGAGGACGUCGAUCGAUUCUUCGAGCGCAAAGUCUCCUGCCCCCAAAGAGCGUGGUUUGUCGACAACGACGAGCCGGAGCGAUACGCCCACUAGUACCGCCACGGGUCUGAGUCAAGGAACGGUCGACUACGUGUAUCUGAAGAACGUUCUUCUGCAAUUUCUGGAGCAGAAGGACAAGGGCCACCAGAAACAGUUGAUUCCAGUAUUGGGGAUGUUGUUGCAUUUCGACCGGAAGGACGAGCAGAAGUGGAUGGCUGCCAUUUCGGCAAGAUAGUUGGCCUCUGGUCUUUACUGGCGCCCUGUAAUCUCGAUCAGCGAGAUCUGCCCGCGUUUACAUCCCCGUGCCAGAGCCGGGGCCGCUCCCAGUGCGUCAGAGCCUUGUGCGUAGGUACGGUCUUUGGAUGGCGGAAUCAUCUGCAUCCUACUCUAGUCAUUAACUCGGGGUCCGAAUUAGAAGACAGUCCUCGGGAGUCAGUCUCUGAUGUGGAACAUCCCUGUCGAGGUUGUCGCGAAAGCUCAUGUCUAUGGACGUGUCUUACCGAGCUCCGACAGACUGGCGCCUGCUACACAGCACACACAUACAUAAUCACGACGCUUCUAGAGUGUCCUGUACGUGCGGCAUGGACUACUGGGACCCCCAGCGACUGCCUUGUACAUAAAACAUUUACAGUAAAGACGUGCAGCUCUGACUUUAAAUCCCAUCAGUGAUGGGUGCAAGUGGAGGGGUACUUGAGAGCGUUCUUUCAAGUCCAGCAUGACAUUGUAUUGUGUCCCAUUCAUUUAUUGUAACAAAGGCAAUGGUAACAGGGCAUUGCUCUCGUGAAUGUGGGCAACAUGGUAAUAUUUUUACCAAGUUCAAUUUUAUUGAUCAAUCAUGCUAACACGAUCGAAUCUCCCCGCUCGUACA